AUGCAACAUUCUAGUAGCGCUAGUCAUAAAAAACACGAAGCCGUUAAAAUACCAUUAAUUACUGAGCCGAAAAAGAAAGAUGAGAAGCCGCAAGAAGUGCCCGAGAAAAAAUAUCCUUUUCGAGGAUUCGGAGGAUUCGGACCACAAAGUGCCAGCACUGAGACCACACAAGGAGAGCAGGAUUUUGCGAAACUAAUACAUUCUCGUUAUAUUGAUAAAGAAGCGAUUCUACUUUCGGCGCUUGAAGAAUAUAAAAAAGUUGGAUACAAAAGAACUCUAUGCAAGAUUACGUUGAUGAUAUUUCUUUGCAUUGGAUUGAUUGCAUUUACUGUGGUUUCUAUCGGAUGUUGGUCGGAGCAUUUAGAACUCACCGAACAUUUGAAUGUUUACGACGGAAGAUAUCAAAAACUCAGAAUGCCGAAUAACACAAUCUUCGAGAUGGAUUGUCCAAUGGUUGGAUUGAUCGGCAAAUAUUGGAGUCCUUCAAGUGCUCAUUUGGACCUUUUCGGCAAAAUUAUUUCGAUUGUUGCCAUUCGGAAAUUAAUGCAGCUCAUUGUUAGACUAUAUAGAUGUAUUCGUUUAAAGACAACGACAGUCGAAGAAGCGAAGAAAAAUGUGGACGAAACACAAAAAGAUUUGAACGGCUUGGCCGAAUCAAUUAUUGAAACACUUUGCGAAGUUUAG